UCGCCGCACAAAACGGAUGCCGAUGGCGGUCUCAUCAUCCUCGGCGGCCAACUAUUUGAUGGCAGUCCUGGCGCAGGAUAGCAACAGCAGUGGCAGUGCCAGCGGCAGUGCAAGUGGAUGCAGUGGAGCGGCCGCCGACUCCGAGGAUUCCCAGAUUGGCCAGGAGCUACGGGUGAAUCAGGUGGGCAGCCGGAGGCGACCGCCGCGCCAGAAGAUCAACGCAAGGGAGCGCUAUAGGACCUUCAAUGUAAAUUCCGCCUAUGAAGCAUUAAGGAAUUUAAUACCCACGGAGCCCAUUAAUCGAAAGCUGUCCAAGAUCGAGAUUAUCCGCCUGGCAAGCAGCUAUAUAACACACCUCAGCAGCACCCUAGAAACAGGAACUGAAUGUCAGCCUUGUUUACUGCACAAAUACGAAAACGAAGGCCUUGUCAGGCGGAUAAGCAUAUGCACCUUCUGCCUGAAAACCAAAUGAUAUUAAUGAUUUACUGGAUAUUUUCGAAUCAUUUAAGCUUCUCUGGUCGUAUCUAUUGCAUUUUAAUUAUUUUUUUAAAUCGCAUUGAAAAUGAGCGUUCAAUGAUAGCGCCAUCUAUGCAAAAGUUGCUGGAACUAGAUGGUAACUGCUUGCAAAACCGAACUGCUUUCUUUUA